AUGGCUACCGAAGAGAAGGAAGUUCAGGAUGAGCGCCUGGAGGUUCACGAGGAAGGAGGUGACGAUGAGGAAGAAAUCGAGGCCAUGAAGAAACGGGUAGCCGAGAUGGAAUCCGAAGCCGCAAAGCUGCGCGAGAUGCAGGCCACCUUGGACCAGCAGUCUGAGAGCCUGCGUGAAGACAAGGAAGAGAUCGAUGCCCGGAGCAUCUUCGUCGGCAACGUGGACUACGGCGCGUCCCCCGAGGAGAUCCAAGCACACUUCCAGAGCUGCGGCUCCAUCAACCGGGUCACCAUCCUGCUGGAUAAAUUCACCGGUCAACCGAAGGGAUACGCCUAUGUUGAAUUCGCCGAACCCAGCCUGGUCGCCCAAGCCCUUGUCCUGAACGAGAGCGUCUUCCGCGGCCGAAACCUGAAGGUCGUCCCCAAACGUACCAACCUGCCCGGUAUGACUCGGGGCCGCGGACGGGGAGGCUUCCGGGGUGGUCGUGGCUACCGUGGCGGAUUCCCUCCUCGUGGAGGCUAUCGUGGAGGUUAUCGCGGUCGGGGUCGAGGCUAUGCUCCGUAUUAG